UGAAGUCAGGGCAAAGUUGUGGCACGGGAUGACAGGCUGUGUGGAGAAGAGACAACAGCGGGAAACAUUUUAAACUCCCCAGUGCUCAGUGCUAGAUCCACGCUGGGCGGGGGCGGGACUGGUCUGAGUGGGCACUUCCGACACUUCCGGGCCGCAGCGGGGCGUUUGGAGACAGGCACCUGGCUCUGGCGGUCAACAAAGGAGGAGAACGCCGAAAGGGAGGCUCCGCCCCUGAAAACUGCCAAAGAUUCGGCUGGCUCAGGGGGGGGUCAGAGAGUACAGGACCCUCUACUGGACUGCUGUGACACAGUGGGACAGAUACCUGGAAAAUCUCUAUUGGAAUGCUUGGUGAAAAAGAGAGUGCAUGCCGUCUACGUUUUCAAAUUAUGGUCAGGGCUUGCAAAAGUUGUGCUCAUCUCAUCGUGGGCUUGAGAAGAGUGUGUGGGCUGCCAAAGGCAAAUAUAAUGAAGGUAUGAAUAUAAGCAAGAGUGAAAUAACAAAAGAAACUGCACUAAAACCUUCUCGAAGAUCCCUGCCCUGCCUCGCCCAGAGCUACGCGUACUCAAAGAGCCUGAGCCAGUCUACCUCACUCUUCCAGUCAACUGAGAGUGACUCUCAGGCUCCCACUUCUAUAACCUUAAUCUCCGCUGACAAAGCAGAACAAGUUAACACUGAGGAAAAUAAAAACGACUCUGUGCUCAAAUGUUCUUUUGCUGACCUCAGUGAUUUUUGUUUGGCCCUAGAAAAAGAUAAAGAUUACACGGAUGAAUCAGAACAUGCUACUUAUGACCGAUCUCGUCUCAUUAAUGACUUUGUUAUCAAAGAUAAAUCUGAAUUCAAGACAAAAAAGAAUGACAUGAAUUACAUAGCAUCCAGUGGACCUCUAUUCAAAGAUGGCAAAAAGCGAAUUGAUUAUAUCCUGGUUUAUAGAAAGACAAAUAUACAAUAUGACAGAAGAAAUACAUUUGAAAAGAACCUCAGAGCAGAAGGCUUGAUGUUGGAGAAGGAGCCAGCUAUUGCAAGCCCUGAUAUCAUGUUUAUUAAAAUUCAUAUUCCAUGGGACACACUGUGCAAGUAUGCAGAGAGGCUGAAUAUCAGGAUGCCCUUCAGGAAAAAAUGCUAUUACACUGACGGGAGGAGCAAAUCAAUGGGCAGGGUGCAAAGUUAUUUUAGAAGAAUCAAAAACUGGAUGGCCCAAAACCCGAUGGUUCUUGACAAGUCCGCUUUUCCAAACCUAGGGGAGUCAGACUGCUAUACUGGUCCCUUCAGCCGUGCACGGAUUCACCACUUUAUAAUAAACAAUAAGGACACCUUCUUCAGCAAUGCUACUCGAAGCAGGAUAGUCUAUCACAUGCUGGAACGCACCAAAUAUGAAAAUGGAAUAUCAAAAGUGGGGAUCCGUAAACUUAUAAACAAUGGCUCAUAUAUAGCAGCGUUUCCCCCACAUGAGGGAGCCUACAAGAGUAGCCAGCCCAUCAAAACCCACGGACCUCAGAAUAACAGGCAUCUAUUAUAUGAACGCUGGGCACGCUGGGGAAUGUGGUAUAAGCAUCAGCCUCUGGAUUUAAUCAGGCUAUACUUUGGUGAGAAGAUUGGGCUAUACUUUGCUUGGCUGGGAUGGUAUACUGGAAUGCUGAUUCCUGCAGCAGCUGUUGGCUUGUGUGUUUUCUUCUAUGGAUUAUUGACAAUGAAUAAAAGUCAAGUAAGCCAAGAAAUUUGUAAAGCCACCGAAGUAUUCAUGUGCCCUCUCUGUGACAAGAACUGCUCACUGCAGAGACUCAAUGACAGCUGUAUCUAUGCCAAGGUAACAUAUUUGUUUGAUAAUGGAGGGACAGUCUUCUUUGCUAUUUUUAUGGCAAUAUGGGCCACAGUCUUCCUGGAGUUUUGGAAAAGGAGACGAAGUAUACUGACCUAUACUUGGGACCUUACCGAAUGGGAAGAAGAGGAGGAAACACUUCGUCCCCAGUUUGAAACAAAGUAUUACAAGAUGGAGGUAAUAAAUCCCAUCACGGGAAAACCUGAGCCACAUCAGCCUUCCUCAGACAAAAUCACUCGUCUUCUUGUUUCUGUCUCAGGAAUAUUCUUCAUGAUUUCUUUGGUGAUCACUGCAGUGUUUGGAGUCGUGGUGUAUCGCCUGGUGGUCAUGGAACAGUUUGCAUCAUUCAAGUGGAAUUUCAUCAAACAACACUGGCAGUUUGCAACAUCUGCUGCCGCUGUCUGUAUCAAUUUCAUAAUCAUCAUGUUGCUGAAUCUGGCUUAUGAAAAAAUUGCUUACCACCUCACUAAUUUAGAAUAUCCUCGAACAGAAUCUGAAUGGGAAAACAGCUUUGCCCUGAAGAUGUUCCUCUUCCAAUUUGUCAAUUUAAACAGUUCUAUCUUCUAUAUCGCUUUCUUUUUGGGGAGAUUUGUAGGCCGCCCAGGAAAAUACAAUAAACUUUUUGAUCGGUGGAGACUGGAGGAAUGUCAUCCUAGUGGCUGUUUGAUAGACCUCUGCCUCCAGAUGGGUGUUAUCAUGUUUUUGAAGCAAAUAUGGAACAACUUCAUGGAAUUGGGAUACCCGUUGAUCCAGAACUGGUGGUCACGACACAAAAUCAAGCGGGGAAUACAAGAUGCUUCCAUACCUCAGUGGGAAAAUGAUUGGAAUCUGCAGCCUAUGAAUAUUCACGGACUAAUGGAUGAGUACUUAGAAAUGGUUUUGCAAUUUGGUUUUACCACCAUCUUUGUUGCGGCUUUUCCUCUGGCCCCUCUUUUGGCUUUGUUAAACAACAUCAUUGAAAUCAGGCUGGAUGCGUACAAAUUUGUCACCCAGUGGCGGAGGCCUCUGCCAGCCCGAGCAACUGACAUAGGUAUCUGGCUUGGAAUUCUGGAAGGAAUCGGUAUAUUGGCUGUGAUCACCAACGCAUUUGUAAUUGCUAUUACGUCUGAUUAUAUCCCACGUUUUGUUUAUGAAUACAAAUAUGGGCCCUGUGCGAAUCAUGGAAAACCGAAUGAAAAUUGCUUAAUGGGCUAUGUCAACAACAGCCUAUCCUUCUUUGACCUGAGUGAACUCGGCAUGGGAAAAUCUGGUUAUUGCAGGUACCGAGACUACAGAGGUCCCCCCUGGAGCUCCAAACCCUAUGAGUUCACCUUGCAAUACUGGCAUAUCCUCGCUGCUCGAUUGGCCUUCAUUAUCGUGUUUGAGCACCUUGUUUUUGGGAUUAAGUCAUUCAUCGCAUACCUGAUUCCAGACGUACCAAAGGGCCUAUAUGACCGAAUACGACGGGAGAAAUACUUAGUCCAAGAAAUGAUGUAUGAGGCCGAACUAGAACAUUUGCAACAACAACGGAGGAAAAGUGGUCAGCCUGUUCACCAUGAGUGGCCUUAGUUGAUGCCUGUUACCCGGUAGAGGUGGUAACAUUAGUGGGAAGAAAUGAUGGCAACUUUGAAUUCUAGGUGGGAUCUAGGAGGAAGGCAUACUUGGCAAACCAUAUAUAUGAUAUGCUACUUGGAAAUGUUUCACAGCCAUCUCUGGGAUUUGGAAUAUCCAGGCUUCUAGGGAAGAAAAAGAUGACUCAUGACCUUACAAAGGGAUUAGAUUGGCAUUGCCAGAAGCCAGGAUCUAAUUCUCAGAACCAGUCUCAGGGAGUUGUAUGUUUGGAGACAUCUGCCUUCCAUCAGCUGCAGUGUAAUAGAAAGGAUGAUGGUAAAGUUUCUAGAGACAGAUUUCCACAUAAAUGUUCACAAGCCAGGCAUGACUUAAAGUAUCAUGUGGUCUUCACUCACAUUCUAAUCUGACUUUGGAACCUUUGGUUGAGUUGAGAUGCCUAUAAGAAAUGAUGUAAAUCAAUUAUUGCCUUUGCUGCCAGAAGCCCAUGUCCCUUCAGUUUACAGGUUGAUAGGAAUUACCCUUGUCUCUUGCUGAAAUUAUGGAUCUAUGCCACAGGGAAUUUAUGCUGCUUUACAUUGACUAUGCAGUUGAAGAGUUGCACAUCACCUUUAGUAGUCAAACCAAAAAUCUAAUAUUCCAGAAAGAAUACCAUUCAUUAAAAUAAUAUUCUAUUGCAUUGGCUACAUUCAAGUCUGUUUUAUCGCCGGCAGAGCCAGUUGCACUGCACAUUUUUUGUACUAAAUGCCAAGAGAGCCACAUGCUUAUAAAAUAUGAAUGGUUAUUCUUACAUCAUUUAGAACACAACUAAUCCAUACUUUACUGUGGAAGGCUGUUUUGUAGUAUAUUUAAUAUUUCCCUCUCUGAUUUAUUACAACUCUCACAGAAUAUUAACUUGAAAUGCUGUAAAUAUGUUGGUUUUCCUUAUACCUUUGCACCUUGACACUAUGUAGUACAAGUUACAGUUUAUGCAGCUCUGAGAAAAGUUGCACAGUUUGCUAUUGUCAUAUGUUUAUUCAGGAAAUUUGAAGCUAGAUGCUCUGCAACACUUGUGCUUUUUUACAAAUAUGCACUCUUACUCAUGAGCUAAUGAAAAUAAUGCAUGAAUAUAAAUCUACAUUAUUUGUUUAAAAAAUAUCACUUAUUUUGUGUUUUACUUUCUUUUUCAUCACUGAAGGGAGUAUUCUGUUAUUAUUAUUGCCUUGAUAGACUGAUUUGGUUUAUUUUUGAAAACUCUCUGAAGUCCAAUUAAUUGUGAAGGAUGUAAUUUCACUUUGUUGUGGAAUUCCCGUUUCAGUGUCAACUCUGUAUCUGUGAGUAUGACUGUUCACUGACUGAGGAGGCAGGAAUGAUGGGCAUUCAACUGAAGAAAGUUCAGAGGAGGGGAUGGGAUGGAAAGAAAGAGAGUGUUGAAGAGUAGGGGGUUGCAUGGUAGAAAUCCAGACGCUUUCCCUUGCAAAACAAGGAAAUCCCACUUUUCCUCCCCUGAGAAUGGGUGGGGAAUCACACAUGCACACACAUACCCACAUAUACAUAGGAUUAUUAUGGUUAUUAUUAUUUGUCCAAUUAAGCAAAGCACAUUUAUUUCCAAAAUUUAAAAGACCAGAUUAAACACAACGGAAAUAAAGCUGUGUAUAUAUGCUAGUGUUUCACUGGUAAGAAAAUUAUGAAGUUUCUCUUCCUAUAAAACUACUUUUUUAAUUCUAACAUUGAAAAUGUUUUGUUGACUUUUCCUUCUUUCCUUCCAGGGCAAAGAUUAUAGAUUAUAGUAUGAUAGAAUAUAGAUAUACAUUGUAUGUUUUUGUCAAGAAUAUUCCCUUCCUUACUUUUCCUCUGAUUCUGAGCAAGGGGAAGGGUCUCAGACUCUAAACUUCCUUUACAUGCCAUGUGAGACUGUUCCAUUCAGAUUCCACAGAGAUUGUUUUUCUGUCCCUUGCUAAUUUAUAGCAACUAAUUCCACUAAGUACACAAAGGAGUUUAAACUCGUCCAUUUUUGUAACAUCUGCAUUUCCUUUUCUGUGUUAAGUAAAUGUAUACACAUGCCUGAGUAUAAAUACUCUAUGCCUAAUGACGAUAUAAACAAAUGUCGUUUCCAAAUUAGGGGCACAAGACAGAGACAUUUGUCUUACAGUAGUGCAAAGAAUAAUGAUAGCUGUGUCCUUGAGAAUUCUUCUUUUUCAAAAUUUUUAUAUAGCCCCAUCAGGGUUUAAAAUCGUGUUGAUUGACCAGAGAGAAAAAUAUGUAAGGAGAAACAUUUUAAUUAAAAAAUUGUAAUGUAUUGAUUUAGACAAUGCCUUCUCUGAGAAUUUUGAAACAGAUGUGAAAAAAAGAAAAAAAUUAACUGAAAUGUUUCUUUCAUGAAACCGUGCAAUAGAAACUAGCAAUGCCUGCAUAAUCAUUGACAGUAAAAUACUAACAGCUCCUCACAGUAGGUUAGUUUUAGAUCACUUUGCUUCAGUUGAGAGAAAUGUUUUAUAUCAUGGUUUUUAUAUGAAUAAAAAUUAUUUCUCAAAGAUUUAUAGCACACACAAUUCUCAGGAAUCCUGUAUUACAUGAAUGCUGCUUAUAUAUUUUCAUAUUCUAACUUGUCUACUCAAGCAAAUAUGUACACAACUGAUAUGUAUGUGCAUGCAGUCUGCCUUGACAAGUUGUUCCAAGCUGAAGAGCUUUCACAGUACAGUGUAUGGAAAAUCACUCUAGAUCAUAGUUGAAAUAGUUUGUAACUGUCUGAGUCUGUGCACGCACUUUUAGAUAAAAUGUUGGUGAGUGACUGCAUGAUGAGAUACAACUUCUGAAUGUUGCACAUUCUUCUAGAAUGACUCUUGGCACAAUUUAUUGUACAAUGGAAUGAAUAGGAAACUUUUUCACUCAAUAAAUUAUCAUUUGAUAUGGUA